AUGGUCAAACUCUUUUCCCAGAUUCCCAAGUCGCAAACAUUGGUCGUGGGAGGACAGGAGUUCCCGGAGGUGAAGUGGUGGAAGCACAAAUCUCUCAUCCACUUACAUUUCCUGUGUGCGAUUCUGCUGCUGUCGUCGGCCACGAACGGCUAUGAUGGAUCCAUGAUGAACGGCCUGCAAACGUUGAGCUAUUGGCAGAACACUUUUCAUCGACCUUCUGCCUCCACACUCGGACUCUUGAACGCCAUCUUCUCGGUCGGGCAAGUCGUCGGCCUACCUCUGGUGCCAUUUUUGGCAGACCACAUUGGCCGCAAGUGGACCAUAUUGCUUGGAAGCUCCCUGAUUUUCUUGGGCGUCAUCUUGCAGACCGUCUCCAUCAACAUUGGCAUGUUCAUUGCCUCUCGUUUCAUCAUCGGCCUCGGAAUCGUGUAUACCCAAAGUUGCUCGCCGAUGCUCAUCACCGAACUGUCUCACCCUCAAUAUCGUGCGAGGUUGACAACAAUCUACAAUACUCUGUGGUAUCUGGGCUCCAUUAUCGCUAGUUGGACAACGUACGGCACUCUCAAGAUGCAGAGUCAAUGGUCGUGGAAGCUGCCCAGCAUAUUGCAGGCCUUCCCAUCUGUGAUUCAACUCUUCUUGAUCUGGCUCGUGCCCGAAAGUCCCAGGUACCAUAUCGUCAAAGGCCGCCACGAAACAGCGAAAAAGAUAUUCCAGCGCUUCCACGGUCCUGCAUCCGGCCAGGAGUUCGUCGAGAGUGAAUACCGCGAAGUGUUGGAAACCAUGGCGCUGGAAAAACAAUUUGCGAGCCGCGGCAUCUCCGAGCUCUGGUCGACCAAAGGAAAUCGACACCGCUUGCUGAUUGUCGUCACCGCGGGCAUCUUCAGCCAGACCGCGGGCUCGGGGAUCGUGUCGUAUUACAUCUUCCUUGUCUUGUCCCAAAUCGGCAUCACGGAUUCCAACUCCCAACUCAUCCUGAACGGCUGUCUGACAAUUUUCAACAUGUGUAUCGCCACAGGCAUGGCGUUUGCCGUCGACAAACUGGGCCGCCGGCCUCUUUAUCUGACAGCAACGUUCGGCAUGUGCAUUGCCAUGACGGGCUGGACGAUUGCCAGUCAGCAGCAACAGGCCCACGGAACCACGGCCGCGGGUCGGGCGGUGAUCGCACUCAUCUUCAUCUUCAUGUUCUUCUACAACCUUGCCUGGUCAGGCCUGUUGAUCGGCUACGUCGUGGAGAUCUCGCCGUUCUACCUGCGCUCGCGAUAUCUUACCGUCAUGCUGCUCAGCGUGGCGGCCGGCCUGUUCUUCUCCAACUAUGUGAACCCCGUGGCGCUCGAAAACAUCCAGUGGAAGUACUAUCUGUGUUACAUCAUCUGGCUGGCAAUCCAGUCCGUGGUAGUGUACUUCUUCUACAUCGAGACAAAGGGUCACAGCCUGGAGACGAUAGCAAUCUGUUUUGACGGCGAAGACGCGAAGAUCGGCGGCCAGGCGGCGACGGCGAAGGGACGAGAGCUGCUGGGGAAGUUGGAGGACAAGGACGUCAAGGCUGUUGGGACGCACAUCGAGCGGGUGCAAUCGACGGAUUAG